CCAUGCUGAUCAUAUAUCAACAAAUUCUUCUUGCAUACAAAUUUCUAAUUUUGAUCGAUUUUUAUUAAAAGACAACAAAAAUCUUCCAAAAAUGUCAUCAUCAUUAAUAAUUGGAAAAUGUAUUUCAACAGCCAAAAAAAAUACGAUACGAUUAUUGAUACCACAAUUGAAAUUUGAUUCAUUUCUAAAUAAACAUUUUCGUGAAAAUGAAACCAUUCUAGCACAUGAUCAAGAUAAUGUCUGUAAUCCAGGUGAUUGGGUAUUGUUGCGUAAAUUUGAUGAACGAUUCCGUUUGGAUAUUGAUUAUCGUGUGGAAAAAAUUGUCUAUGAAUCUGGUAAUAUAAUCGAUCCAUUAACGGGUAAAAAAACAUUGGAUUAUGAAAAUGUUGAUGAUUAUCAACGAUUAUCGAAAAUGUUUAAUAAAUAAUCAAUAAAUAU